GAAAGGAGGAGGAGAGGCUAUAGGCGAGAGAACCCGACAUGGUUACCAAGGAGAUCACUGCCUCCGGUUUGGUGGGUGCGAGCAAAGAAAUGACAGAAAGCGUCCGGAGGACCAUCGAUAAAUCCUCCAUCAAGUUCCUCCAGGGAAUCAAGCGGGACGCCAAAAGUGGCCGAACGGAGGACAAAAUACUGGUCCUCACAACAUGGCGUCUCUACUUCCUGGCGCCUAAGACUCCCGCUAAGAUAGAAACUACCUUCAACUUCCUGGAGAUCCGAGCCUUGAAGUCCCACCCCGAACACCAGGUCGUCAUCGACACCGACAAGUCCAGCUUCUCGCUGAGGUUCGAGUCUCGUGAACACCUCAACCAGGUGGUCGGACACGUCAACUUCGCCCUGUCCCGAAUAUUCAACAACUCCAUCUUUGCAUGUUCGUCGUGCCAAACGUCUCAAUCUGUUUUUUCUCUUUCUUUGCCCCCCCCUCCCUCCCGCCUUCCUCUCUCAGGAGGCUUCUCAGAGACGUACUCCGCCCUGUGCGACUAUAAUGGCAUCAGCUGCAAGGAGGAGGUGCAGUGGGAUGUGGACACCAUCUACCACUCCCAGGACAGCCGAGAGUUCAACCUGCUGGACUUCAGCCACCUGGAGAGCAGGGAUCUGGCGGUGAUCGUUGCGUCGAUGGCGUACAACACCUGGUUCACGAAGCUGUACUGCAAAGACCUGCGGAUAGGGUCAGAGGUCACUGAGCAGGUCCUGCACACGGUCAGCAAGUCCUCCAGCCUGGAGGAGCUCACUCUGGAGAACGCCGGGUUAAAAUCAGACUUCCCACAGAAGAUGUCGGCGGCUCUCUCAGAGAACCCUGCGUCCGUCAUCCACUCGCUCAACCUGUCCCACAACUCGCUGGACAACCAGGGUGUGUCCAACCUAAUUCAGCAGGUGUGUCGCCUCAGCAAAGGACUCCGCCAUCUCAACCUCUCGAAGACCUCGCUCACAUCCAAAGGAGUGGUGUCUCUCUCUCAGGCUUUGUGCUCCAGUGACGAGUACUCCAACUCCCUCCUGCACCUGGACCUGAGCAAGAACCCCGGGGUCCUAUCGGGGGAGGACGCCUCGAACUUGUACCUGUUCCUGUCUCAGCCCAACUGCCUGGUCCACUUGGACCUGUCGGGCACAGACUGCUCUGUGGAUUCACUACUUGGGGCUCUUCUGAGGGGGUGUUGCGCUGAUCUUUCCUUUCUGAAUCUUUCCAAAAAUUCCUUCUCCCACAAGAAAGCGAAGGACACGCUGCCGCUGUUCCGCCAGUUCUUCAGCUCCGCCUUCAGCCUCACGUACGUCAGCCUGGCCUCCAUGAAGCUGCCGCCGUCCUUCCACAGGGCUCUCCUCGCCGGGUUGACCUCCAAUCCUCAUAUCAAUGACCUUCAUCUGGACAUCAGUGGCUGUGAGCUCCGGUCUGCAGGAGCGGCUGUGAUCCAGGAGGUCUUCCCCAGAGUCUCCUCCAUCGGCACUCUGGAUAUGUCGGAUAACGGCCUCGAUGCGGACCUGCUCACGGUGCUGCCGGCCCUCUCCAGACACGCCUCCCUCAAACACCUCCACAUGGGCAAGAACUUCAACAUCAAAAACAGGGUUCUGGAUGAAGUCCUGCAGAAGCUGGUUCAUCUCAUGCAGGAGGAGGAAUGUGCGCUGCAGUCUCUCUCGCUGGCCGACUCGCGGCUGCGUUCCCGCGGCACCGUGCUGGUCAACGCGCUGGGCAGCAACACCUGCCUGAGGAAGGUGGACCUGAGCGGAAACAGCAUGGACGACAUCGGGGCCAAGAUGCUGAGCAAAGCGCUGCAGAUCAACACCACGCUCAGGAGCGUGACGUGGGAUCGUAACAACACCUCGGCAGCGGGGUUUCUGGAUGUGGCCCGAGCACUCGAGCAUAACUUCACCUUGCAGUUCAUGCCUCUGCCCUUAAGCGACAUCAGCCAGGCGUACCGGAGCGCCCCCGAGAGGACGGAGCAGGCACUGACCAAGAUCCAGCGCUUCCUGGUGAGGAACAAUCAGACGCAGCGCUUCUCUCAGCGGCAGGCUCUGCGGCUGCACCAGGGCCUGGUGACCAGCACCGCCGAGCAGGUGAUGGAGCGCCUGUGCGUGCGCGUCCAGCAGCAGGUGAGCGUGCUGCGAGGCGCCGGCGAGGUGGAGGAGGUUCAAGCCGCCAGACAAGUGCUGAAAGAGGCCCGGAGCUCCCGCGCACUGUACCCGUCGCUGUGCGAGCUGGCUCAUGUGCUAUCCGUGGACGGGCCGGUGCGCCAGCGGCUGGACUCUCUGGCCGGCGAGCUCGCCAAGGCGGCGGACAAGGAGCUUCAGGUGAUCGUGGACUCCAUGGUAUCGCUGUGCCGCGAGCUCUGCCCUCGGUCGUCCUCCGCGGCGGACAGGCUGAGUCCUCCGCUGUCCUCCGUCUCUGAGCACGUGUCCGUCCCUCGCUCCGCCAUCCGGACGGCUCUGAUGGAGAGAGCGGCGCAAGACAUCCACCGAGCCUUAGAGGAGGUUAAACUGUCGGUGGUCUCCUAUCUCACCAACUCCAUUGUGGACCAGAUCCUGCAGGAGCUCUACGCCACCCACAAGACUCUGACUCGGCAGGUGUCCCAUCUGAAUCGCUGGGAUGGCAUGGGCGAGGACGGGUUGGGCUGGAGGUCCAACAGAUACCGAGACUCUCUGGACAUCACGGACGAGGAGCUCAGCACCAGCAUUGACACAAUAGCCAUUAAGAAGCGCAGCUCGAGGACGAGACGAAUACGACCCGUCUCCACCAGGCUGAGCCUGUGCGACGACUCUGGCUCCUCGCCGCCGUCCUCCGUGCCGCCCUACUCCUCGCCGCUGUCCCGCUCGGCAUCCUGGGAGGACCUGUCAGAGCUGCCCACUCAGGGCCUGCCGCUCCAUCACGUGACGCGGGUUCGGCCAAGGCCUCCGCGGAGGCACAAGGGAUGCCACGGCCCCUCUGAGAGCCAUUGCAUUGAAAAUGGAGGAAUAAGUCCUCUUGAUGACGGACUCCCAGAUUUCUACACUAAAAGAGUUCUCCCUGACAGCCAGCUCUCCUCGCUGCACAAAGCCCACUCGCUGAGGAGGAAGAAGAGGAGGAACAUGCUGGCCAUCUUCGGAUUCCGUAGGAACCGCCACCAAACUCAGGGCCCGGAGGCUGAAGCUGAGGUCUACGUGGAUGGCUGUCACUUUGUCGCUACGGCAACCUCGGGAGCGGCCACAGAGAACGUCUACACCCUCCUUCAGCCCCCGAGGUCCGUUGCCAGAGCCGGAUCCCCCAGCGAAGGGGCUGAUGUGAAAAUGAAUGAGCACCUGGGGAAGAAUGCUCUGGUCUUGAGUCUGCCGCUGGUGCCGGGCAUCGCUCCCCCGGGCGUCGCUGCCCCGGGCGUCGCUGCCCCGGGCGCCGCUCCCCCGGGCACUGUAGGAAGCAAACGCAACUUUUAUUCUCCCAGAGAGCAGGCUUCUGAAGCAGACUCUGUGUUUGAGCCUCCGGGGGAGACGGACAGGUUCGUGGCGGACGACGGACAAAGGACCGCCGAGGAGAAGGCGAGGCAGGCAGAGCAGGACGCCGAGAAACACAGAGCCGAGCGGACCGCCGACCUGUACCGGGCCGAGAGGACGGCCGACCGUUACCGGGCCGAGGGCCGGCAGUGGACCGUGGACAGGCACACCCAGCGGCAGAUCGACAGGAAGAUGGAGAGGCAGUGGGUUGGCGGCAGGCAGAUAGACAGGUCGUGGUCGGAGCACGGCCCGCCGGAGGAGCGCCCGGCCGAGUGCCGGCGGCCGAGUGGGAGGACGGAGAGGCCGGCGCCUCCCCCGGCCCACAGGCCACUGCCACCGUACCCGGCGGACCGGACGCCCUCGCCCCCCAAACGAGAUGCGGAUCCUCCGAAAGGGCCCGAGGCAGCAGCGGACUGGCAUCAGCAGGAAGACAGGCCGGCGUGUACCGACGCUGGCGGAGGGUUGGCUGAGAGGGGGAAAAGCGGCGGAGGAGGACAGGCCGCUCCAUGUGCGUCUAAACCCGACCCACCGCCACAAAGCAGCAAACCCUACCUGUCCAAGCUGAGGCCGAGGCGCCGCCUGGAGAGUGUGGACGCUCUGCCAGGUAUGGAGGAGGAAGGAGACGUGGAGUUCGACACCAGAAAGACGGAGAAGAAAGAGAGGGAAAGGAGAAGAGACUCUGAGGGUCAUCCUCCCCCGAUUCCAGAAAAGCCAAAGACAUCCUCGUACGUGAUGUUUCCUAAAGAACCGUCCAAUGAGAGGAGCUUACCUCCUCCUCCUGUGCCGCCUCCAGGUCUCAGGCCUGUGCACGGACUCCCCACCAGGGCGGCGAGUCAAGGUGAAGAAGGCCGCAGACCUCCGGCCCCGGUGAAACCACAGAGGAACCGUAAGGCCGUGUCAUGUGACGCAGGAACUGAAAGGGAAAGCCCAAAUAACGUUGAGAAGCCCCCCGAUCGCAAACCCCCCGUGAAAAAACCUAGACUGCCCCAAAACAGAAAUAUGUCACUGGACUUGUCUGACAGCCUGGACUCGGCCUCUGGCCACAGCGAUCUGUUAUGAUGCCUGGCACAAAAUGAGAUAAUAAUAAUUCACCCAAACGCUGUUCUGCUGGAGCGUUGUCAUGACAACGCUGGAGCGUUUCAUUUCAACGAGGAAACAAAGAAGAAGGAGGAGAAGAAGAAGAAAAACCAGAGCCAGAGCGAAAUUGUCUGACAGACAUCAUAAAGCAUAAAUCCUUCUCUUCUGUUGAAACGCUCACAGUUCGGAUGUUUAUUGUGCGUUUGUAUCAGCUUCUUCUGAGUAUCAGGUUCUUCUACAGUAGAUGAUGUAGAGAAACAGAAACUACAGUAGAUGGAACCACGAUGCUGCGGAGAAGAAGCUCAUACAAACCUUAAACCUCUGAACUCCUUCUUGUAGCAUCACGUCUGCUUUCCCUUCACAUCAGAGCUCUUUUUUGUGGCUUCAAUAUUUUAACGGUAUUUGCCUACUAUGUAAAACCCAAAUGAUCUUUGUCUUUGGGCCGAUUGUCGGAUAGUUGAUUGGAUUGUUGAUAGACAGAAAAGUAGAAGUAAAGAAGUAAAACAACGUCUUUACUAGAAUGUGACCCAGCUGAUUGCCUUGGUUGACACUUGAAAAUGAGUCGCUUCUUUUCAGAUGAAACCUAAAUUAUUUGUAUCUAGUUUUGUUUUCAGGAGCUGAAAGGUGAUAUAUUUUAUAGAGAAAAGUGAAUAUAAUGUAUGAGCACCCUCACUGUAUGAAUAAAACACUAAUAGAGAACAA